AUGGAUUCUUCUGUGUUGACCUCUCAGUUUAACCACUUCCGAACCACCGCGAAUUCGUUUCUAUCUCAAUACGAACCUCUCGCUCUGAUUCUCGUUCCGCUUUUCACUCUCUUUGUCGCGAACGUAGUUCGUUCGGUUUUCCAAGUUUUUUGUGAUAAAGGAGUCAAAGCUACUCUCCUAGGGUUCUUCAUGAACUUCAUCAAAUUGAUUCCUGGUGUGAAGAGUUAUAUAGAUGCGGAAAAACAGAAGGUUGUGGAUAAGAUGCAGUCAGAUGGUAAAUCUAAAAGAGAUGGUUGGAAGACAGAGUUGCCGAGCACGGGGUUGGGGACAUCUGUCCUUGAGAAAAUGAAAGAAGAGAAAAGAAACGAUGCAGUUUGGCAAGGCAAAUGCUCUGGUACAGUCUACAUUGGAGGAAGUGAGUCUAGUGAACAUUUUUAUGUCAUAAAUGAGGCCUGCUCAAUGUUUGCACAUACCAACCCUUUGCAUUUGGAUGUAUUCCAGAGUGUCGUACGCUUUGAGGCAGAAGUGGUUGCAAUGACAGCGGCACUUCUCGGAAGUAAAGAAAAGGCAUCUGGAGGACAAAUAUGUGGAAACAUGACAUCAGGAGGGACUGAAAGUAUAUUAUUAGCUGUUAAAUCAUCUCGUGACUAUAUGAAAUCCAAAAAAGGAAUUACAAGACCCGAAAUGAUAAUUCCCGAGUCUGGUCACUCAGCAUAUGACAAAGCUGCACAGUAUUUUAACAUAAAACUAUGGCGCGUUCCGGUUAACAAAAAUUUUCAAGCAGAUGUGAAAGCAAUUCGACGUUAUAUUAACAAAAAUACCAUUAUGAUUGUUGGAUCUUCUCCCGGGUUUCCUCAUGGGAUAAUAGACCCCAUUGAAGAACUUGGUCAACUAGCAUCAAGCUUUGGCAUUUGUUUCCAUGUGGACCUUUGCCUCGGUGGCUUUGUAUUACCUUUUGCUCGUGAGCUUGGGUACGAUAUUCCACCUUACGAUUUUUCUGUUAAAGGGGUUACUUCAAUAUCAGUGGAUGUGCAUAAAUAUGGGUUAGCUCCCAAAGGAACAAGUAUCGUUCUAUAUAGGAACCAUGAAAUCAGAAAGAAUCAAUUUGUUGCCGUUACCGAGUGGUCUGGUGGUUUGUAUGUAUCUCCAACCAUAGCCGGAAGUAGACCGGGAAGCCUUAUUGCUGGUGCAUGGGCAGCAAUGAUGUCUCUAGGGAAAGAAGGUUACUUGGAACAUACCAAAGCAAUUAUGGAAGGAUCAAAAAGAUUACAAAAAGGCAUAGAGGACAUUUCUGAGUUGUUUAUCAUUGGAAAACCCGAUAUGACAAUCGUUGCUUUUGGAUCCAAAGUUCUGGAUAUAUUUGAGGUCAACGAUAUCAUGUCAUCCAAAGGUUGGCAUUUGAAUGCAUUGCAGAGACCCAACAGCAUCCAUAUCUGCGUGACACUGCAACAUGUCCCAGUUGUUGACGACUUUAUAAGGGAUUUAAAGGAAUCUGUGGAAACUGUGAAACAAAAUCCCGGUCCAAUAAGUGGAGGACUGGCGCCUAUAUAUGGCGCGGCGGGGAAGAUGCCCGAUCGAGGAACAGUUCGGGAAUUGCUGGUUGAUUAUAUGGAUGGUACAUGCUAG